ACUUGAAAAUGUACUAGUUGUAGAAAAUUGUUAUGAGAUCUUAUCGAACUAUGUUUUAAAAAUUAUAAAAUAAUUAAUUUGGGAAAUUGUCAUUACAAUCAGAAGUUAUUAUUUUUUAGAGGAAGUAGAUUGUGAUAUUAAACUAGCUGCAGGUCUAAGAAAGGGGGUGGAGUUUGCUGUUGCUACAACAGGAUGUCUAAUCAUGCAUUGCUAUAGUGGCACUGACGUAUUAGUGACACAAACCAGUAGAGGUGAGGCCUAAAAUUUCACGUGAGAUUCCUCUGCCUGGUCCAUCAGUUCAUCCAAACCUGCUGGUCAGGUUUUCUGACACGUCUGUGCGUCAUACUUUCAAAGAUCUCUGUCUUAGUUUAGCACAAGAAUGAAAGGCGUACCUGUAUAAGGAGCAUGUGCUUACUCUAGACAGUGAGUGUAGUUAAACAGAGCAGAGCAGGAGCAAGUGUACGAACACUGGUGUCGCUCGGACUGUCCGGUUCUUCCAUCAGCGCAACAAUCUCAAUCUGGUUUGCUGGGCUUUUUUCCUACUAAAGCUUGGUGAUGGCGACCUACCAGGAGUUCAUCCAACAGAAUGAGGACAGGGAUGGGGUGCGAUUCAGCUGGAACCUCUGGCCCUCCAGUCGUCUAGAAGCCACCAGGCUAGUGGUUCCUGUCUCCUGCCUCUUUACACCUCUCAAGGAGAGACCUGACCUUCCACCAGUUCAGUAUGAACCAGUACUAUGCAGCCGGGCCAACUGCAAGGCAGUGCUCAACCCGCUAUGCCAAGUUGACUUCAGAGCAAAAAUAUGGGCAUGCAACUUCUGCUUUCAGAGAAACCCAUUCCCCCCUUCUUAUGCCGGCAUAUCAGAGGUGAACCAACCAGCUGAACUCAUGCCACAGUUUUCUACCAUUGAGUACAUAGUACAGCGUGGAGCCCCUGCUCCUCUGAUCUUUUUUUACGUAGUGGACACAUGUUUGGAAGAAGAGGACCUUCAGGCGCUGAAGGAGUCCUUGCAGAUGUCCCUCAGCCUGUUGCCGCCUAAUGCACUAGUGGGCCUCAUCACAUUUGGACGUAUGGUUCAGGUUCACGAGCUCAGCUGUGAGGGUAUCUCCAAGAGCUAUGUAUUCAGAGGCACCAAGGAUUUCUCCUCCAAACAGAUCCAGGAAAUGUUGGGUUUAACUAAACCAGCAGCACCAGGACCACAAGGUCGCCCAAUGCCGCCCCAGGAGGCUGCAUCCUUUUGCAAAUUCCUGCUGCCAGUGCACAAAGUGGAUAUGAAUCUAACAGACCUACUUGGGGAGCUUCAGAGAGACCCCUGGCCUGUCCCUCAGGGAAAACGACCCCUGCGCUCCACUGGCGUUGCUCUGUCUGUUGCUCUCGGCGUGCUGGAGGGUACCUACCCCAACACAGGGGCUCGCGUGAUGCUGUUCAUCGGAGGGCCCCCCACCCAGGGCCCAGGAAUGGUGGUGGGAGACGAGCUGAAAACGCCCAUCCGUUCCUGGCAUGACAUCCAGAAGGACAAUGCCCGCCAUCUGAAGAAAGCCACCAAGUAUUACGAAGCGUUGGCCAACCGCUCAGCAGUAAAUGGUCACAGUAUUGAUAUCUAUGCCUGUGCCCUGGAUCAAACUGGUCUCCUGGAGAUGAAGUGCUUAUCUAACCUCACUGGGGGUCACGUUGUGAUGGGAGACUCCUUCAACACAUCUCUGUUCAAGCAAACCUUCCAGAGGGUCUUCAGUAAAGACUACAAUGGAGACUUCCGCAUGGCCUUUGGCGGCGUCCUGGAAGUCAAGACAUCAAGGGAGCUGAAGGUCUGCGGGGCCAUUGGGCCUUGUGUUUCACUCAACUCCAAAGCUUCCUGCGUUUCAGAGAAUGAGAUGGGCAUCGGUGGCACGAGCCAGUGGAAACUGUGCAGCGUCAACCCCUCCACCACUCUGGGCAUUUAUUUUGAAGUGGUCAAUCAGCACAAUGCACCAGUCCCACAGGGUGGCCGAGGUGCAGUCCAGUUUGUAACGCAGUACCAACACUCAAACACACAGAGGAGGAUACGGGUCACCACCAUCGCCAGGAACUGGGCAGACGCACAGUCCCAGAUUCAGCACAUCGAGUCGUCGUUUGACCAGGAGGCGGCCGCCGUGCUCAUGGCUCGCCUGGGAGUCUUCAGAGCCGAGUCAGAGGAGGGACCAGAUGUGCUGCGUUGGCUCGACAGGCAGCUCAUCCGCCUGUGUCAGAAGUUUGGUCAGUUCAAUAAGGAUGAUCCCACAUCAUUCAGGCUGUCAGAGUCUCUGUCCCUUUACCCACAGUUUAUGUUUCACCUGAGAAGGUCACCCUUCCUGCAGGUGUUCAACAACAGCCCAGAUGAGUCAUCCUACUACAGGCACCACUUUGUCAGGCAGGACUUGACCCAGUCUCUGAUUAUGAUACAGCCCAUUCUUUACUCCUACUCUUUCCAUGGACCACCAGAGCCUGUUCUCCUGGACAGCAGCAGUAUCCUACCAGAUCGAAUCCUGCUCAUGGACACUUUCUUCCAGCUGGUUAUCUAUCAUGGGGAGACCAUUGCCCAGUGGAGAAAGGCAGGCUACCAGGAAAUGGCAGAGUAUGAGAACUUCAAGCAGCUGCUGCAGGCUCCUCUGGAUGACGCCCAGGAGAUCCUGCAGACACGUUUCCCCAUGCCACGCUACAUUGACACAGAGCAUGGAGGCUCACAGGCUCGCUUCCUGCUGUCCAAGGUCAACCCGUCACAAACCCACAACAACCUUUACGCCUGGGGACAGGAGAGCGGCGCCCCGAUCCUCACUGAUGACGUCAGCCUGCAGGUCUUCAUGGACCACUUAAAGAAACUGGCUGUUUCCAGCUCUACAUAGAUGUCUCUCUUCCACUACAACGGAUGAAGUGACUCCACGUUCCUGUUCUGAUACUGGGAUCCAUUCACAUUUCCCCUGAGCCACACAGUUAACUGUAUGUGCUAGCUUUAUUUAACUGGAGUUUGAACCGAAAAAGGGGGGAAAUAGCACAUUCCUUUUAAAGAAACAUGCAAUUUCUACAUAUUUUCAUGAACUUAUUUAUAGGAAACCAUUCCACUUCUCCAAAGCCAGAUUGUCCUCAUGAAAGCAAUAUCUGUCUCCGUUUUAUAUUUGAUACCACCUCUGACAAGGAAUGAUUAGAGUAUUUUAAUGUGCUGUAUGCUUGUUUGUCCUAAAAUAAUGUACUGCUAAUCUGGUUGAAGAUGCUGUUUAAUAGAAUGCUUAUGUAUGUUUGCAUUGUGUAUAUCUAAAGAUGUGUAGAUUUUCUUCUCAUUUAAUAAAUUAUAAUGGCACCUCUCA